GCCGUGGGUGAGACGGGCACAACACAGUCCCAACUGGAGUUACAACAAAAACUGUGGAUACAAGCAAGUCUCUUUGGAAUUGCAGAAGGUAUUCCCAAACCAAUCACUACCAAUCGAGAAAAACCAUCAAGCUUAUACGACCCAUCUGUAUUUGUGAAGGAUCUAUUUUUCUCCCGCUUAAAGAUGGUGUUCAAUCUCCGAUCCUUCAGUUCCACCGAGUCCGUUGAAGGUGAUCCAACACGUCCUAAAAGCUUCUCUCUAAAGGAGCUCCGAGUCGCUACAGACAACUUUAGCAGCAACAACUUCAUAAGGUAUGAUUUAUAUGGCAAGGUUUACAGGGGGCGCUUGGCCAAUGGUUCGCUAGUGGCAGUAAAGAGAUCAAGCUUUGACAAUCGGCAGAGCGAGCAGGAUUUUGAAGCAGAAGUGCAAGUGGGAAGCACGGUUUCGACACACCCAAAUGUGCUAUGCCUGAUGGGCUUUUGCAGGACCAAGAAAGAGCUCUUACUGGUCUAUCCCUUCAUGAUCAACAAAACCCUAUCUUACAAUCUUAGAGAGAGACCGGAUCGGUUUGCCAGACCACUCGAUUGGACUACUCGCAAGCAAAUAGCCUUGGGAGCAGCGAGGGGGCUUGCCCACCUUCACAAUCAAGGUAACAUCAAGAUCAUGCAUCGCAACAUCCGCGCGUCAAGUAUACUGCUGAAUGUGCAUUUUGAGGCUGUGAUAGGAGGAUUUUCGCUUGCCUUUAUCAAGCAUGAGAAAAAUGUAGAGGAAGAUGUUUAUAUCCAGGGCACAACUGGGUUUACGGCCCCCGAGUACAUCAACACAGGAAAGUGCACACCGAAGAAUGAUGUCUUUGCAUACGGGAAAAUGCUUCUCGAGCUCAUCUCGGGACAGUUGAUUUACCUUGACGAUGGCAAUGGCAAUUUUUUCUGCUUGGAGAAUUGGACUAGAAAACAUAUGAAUGAAGACCAGUUGGGAAGGGUGAUUGAUCCCAAUCUGCAGGGGAAUUACGUGGAAGAAGAAGCAGAGCGAUUAGUCCGAUUGGCAUUAUUGUGCGCACAAAGGGAUGCAUCAGUUCGACCAGAGAUGUCUGAAGUAGUUCGAAUGCUCGAAACUCAGUUUCUUCAGCGGGACCCUAGUACAAGCAGUAGUUUGAGUCAAAGCGAGUGUGAUUCGGCUCCGAACUACUCUUGCCCUCCUUCCCCUUCUCCUCUGGGGAUUGCUCCAUGAUUGGCAUGUCAAUGCUACAUCAUCACCUUUCUUUUACCUUCAAUAACAAGUUUAGCCUCUGUGUUUUUCUUCCUAAACUCUAUAUUUCACUUUCAUCUGUAUGAUCUUCCUGUGAUACUUUCCUCCGAUUUUUUUUAAAGACAUAUAGCACCUCUU